GGUCGCUCAAGAUUGGGUCCCUUCGCUCUCCCUCCCUCCCGCCACGGCUGUGACCCUCGCCCUCGAGACUACAGACCUCCCGAGCAGGAACCCAGCGCGUGCCUUGGGGGGCGGGAGCCGGGUGGUUGGAGCCGCGGAGCAUUGGAGGGUUUCCUGGAUCAACCUCUUGGGGGCAGUUGGAGAGCUUGAGAACCAGUCCCUCCUAUGCCUGUACAGCCAAGGCAAAGUCCAGGGCUAAAGUGUCAGCCACCAGACGCAAGAUGUUGUAAUCCCAUCUAACAGGUCUUCUCUGCUGGUUGAAAUGUCUAUGAUUUUAUCCGCAUCAGUCAUUCGUGUCAGGGAUGGGCUGCCACUUUCUGCUUCUACUGAUUAUGAACAAGGCACAGGCGUGCAGGAGUGCAGGAAGUAUUUUAAAAUGCUCUCGAAGAAACUGGCUCAGCUUCCUGAUAGAUGUACACUGAAAACUGGACAUUAUAACAUUAAUUUUAUUAGCUCCCUGGGAGUGAGCUACAUGAUGUUGUGCACUGAAAAUUACCCAAAUGUUCUGGCCUUCUCUUUCCUGGAUGAGCUUCAGAAGGAGUUCAUUACUACUUAUAACAUGAUGAAGACAAAUACUGCUGUCAGACCAUACUGUUUCAUUGAAUUUGAUAACUUCAUUCAGAGGACCAAGCAGCGAUAUAAUAAUCCCAGGUCUCUUUCAACAAAGAUAAAUCUGUCUGACAUGCAGAUGGAAAUCAAGCUGAGGCCCCCUUAUCAAAUAUCCAUGUGUGAACUGGGGUCAGCCAAUGGAGUCACAUCUGCAUUUUCUGUUGACUAUAAAGGUGCUGGUAAGAUUUCUUCUGCUCACCAGCGACUAGAACCAGCAACUUUGUCAGCAAUUGUGGCAUUUAUCCUCAGUCUUUUAUGUGGAGCUCUGAAUUUAAUUCGAGGUUUUCAUGCCAUAGAAAGUCUUUUGCAGAGUGAUGGUGAAGAUUUUAAUUACAUUGUUGCAUUUUUCCUUGGAACAGCAGCCUGCCUUUACCAGUGUUAUUUACUUGUCUACUACACCGGCUGGCGGAAUGUCAAAUCUUUUUUGACUUUUGGUUUAAUCUGUCUGUGCAACAUGUAUCUCUAUGAACUGCGCAACCUCUGGCAGCUUUUCUUUCACGUGACCGUGGGAGCGUUUGUUACACUACAGAUCUGGCUAAGGCAAGCCCAGGGCAAAGCUCCUGAUUAUGAUGUCUGACACCAUCCUUCAGACAUACUGCCUUGGCUUCUGGGGAAAAAGGAGGGAGUAUAUUUAACUGCCACUGUGAUGAAGAAACUGUUCACCACAAUCAAGAAGCUCUGCUUUCUUUUUCUCCAGCUAUCCUUUUUGUUUCAAGUCAGCAUGGCAUGCCUGGGAGCAUAUAGUACCUGUUAGGCAAACUUCAUAUUAGCCGUGAGAUUAUUAUUCAGAGGAAGAGACUUCUCUCUCCAGGGCCAUGACAGUGGAAGAACAGUCAGAUGCCAUUGGAAGACUUGGCCAGCAGUCCUGAAUCCUUCUGAAGAGUUCAAUCAAAAAUGUAUGUGGUACAUGCUCUGAGGACCGAGUGGGAACUCUAUGACCUGGGUUCGCCUUUAUGAGGCAUGAGUAUAGCCCAAAUAAAAAGAUGCCACAAAGUUUAUAUUUAAAACAACUUGCUAAAUAUCAGAUUAUUUGCACAUUUAAGGUACCAUGAGUUUAUGAAGUCUAGGAUGGUGUGGAAUUGGUUCUUUUCGUCUUAUAUUUUUGCCUGAAUCUAAACUCUGGAAAUCACUUGAUGUAUGAGAAAGCUGUUAUAAGCGCAUCUUUCGAACAUCACAAGUACUGAAAACACAGUAACCUAUGUUUCCUUUCUAGACCAUGUUUGUAGUUUCUUUUGAAAUCACUUUUUAAAAAUGUGGUUUGUUAAAUUAUAACCAUUGUUUCCCAAACUUCAAUCACUUAAGUAUUAUAUAUAAGUAUUAUUUCUUAAUACUAUCUUUAAAUUUUAAAAUAUUGUAAAAACAAACUAAUCUCUAUUCCAAGAGGAAAACCGGCAUCAAUUUACCAUGAAUAAAGGGUAACAACAAAAUAAAAUUAAAACAAGAAAUGUUAUUAAAUUCUAACUAGAUACUAAUGUCUGCUAAGGUGUUGAAUCCAAGAAGCCUGCUGUGUGUUGCAGUGAGAGAGAUGUUACCCAGCACCAAAAUGGGGCUCUCUCUGUGGGAUUAUGAGAAGAAUGAAAGAGAAUUGUAAAGGGAAUGACAUUCUCACUGUGAUUCUGCAUUAUUUAGCUCUGUGUUGUAUACCACCUAAAAUCCUCCUGUGUGCUACCAACGGUGUGGGUCCGGAACACUGAACUUGUUCUAAGAGAAUCAGAAGGUAACUUCUCCCAGCAACUCUUAUUAUUUUAUGGCUUUGAGGAGUUCUGCACCUAAUUUCUUAGAGAACUCGUUUGUUUUUUCAUAACAUUAUAAAGAUUGUUCAAGAGGUUAUGAAUUAAUAAUAUAGGAAGCACAAUUUGAUUCCAUUAGCAAAAAUCUACAUCUCUACUGGUUUUGCAAGUUACCUUCAUUAAUGAUUUUCUUUUGUUUUUAGAGAAAAGAUUCCAAACAAGGAAUACAUAAGGAAUAUGAAUUUAAAAUUUGAUAUCCAGAAAACAGUGGACCCAUUACAUAUAACUCAUGUUACUGGGCAUAUUUAUUAAGCAGAAGAAAUAGUCCGGAGGGGUAAAGUCGUUGAACUACCAUGUUUGUUUGAACCUGUAUAUGUAGGCAUGCCUGCAACUAACUGUAAAAUCUUGCUAGCUAGAACUUUUUGCUGCACUCCCUUUUUAGGAGAAUGAGGCAAAAGGAAGACAAUAAGCUUGUAAUGUCAGGGAUUUAUUUAAAACCGGAAACUCCAGUUCACUUCAGUUUUCUGCCUCUAACAAAACUGCAGAGAAAUUAUAUAUAUUCUGAGAGCUGCCCCAAGAUAUACCACAUGAUCCUGACUCAUCAAAAUAAAACUGUUUGGCAUUUUGUACUUUUGAGCCAGGAGAGUGAAGUGGUUCAGUGUGGAAAGAUUUUUCUGAACUAACUGUUAAAACAAGAGGAGUUCUCUUGUAAAUAGCCAAUUAACCAAGAAGUUGGAGCAUUCUGGUUAAUUGUGAUUUUGCUAUAUAUUGAUACUUAAUAGCUCUCUUACCAGUUUGGUUCACUUUGGUUUUCCUUUAUCAUUGAAUUAUUGAAUUAUGGUGUUUGGUGUUUUGGAUCAGUCAGCAAAGACACUUGAAAACUCACCAGCUGUUUAAUUUGUUUUUUUGCUUUUGUUUUGUUUUUUUCUAUUUUUGGAUAAUGGGAUGUUUACAUAUAUAUUAAUGUAAAAACUGAAAACAGGUAUAAAUAAUGUUUUAUGUAUAGAAAUGCUUUUUUUUUUCAUUAUUUGGUAUCUGCGUCGCUGAGUGUUUAUAUAACUUCUAUGCCCUUUCGUGUUGUUGCCAAAGAAACUGUGAAUUUGGAAUGAAAAAUUUUUACCGUGAGUAUAACGUUUUUAAGCUCAUUAGGCUUCUAAUGUGUAUGAUAGUAAUACCGCACUGUUACUUCUAAGAGCAGUUCCGCAUUUACCUAAUCAUAAUGAGUUUUGUCAUGGAGGCUGAGAAUUAGUUGUCCUCUUGUUAUGAAGGAGGAAACUGAGGUAAUCAGAUGUUAAUGACUUAUGUAGGGUUACAGAGCUAAGCACAUACAACUCCUAAUCCCUUAGCCUUGGGGCCCUGCCUCCCCAGAGUGGGGACUGAUGAAGAUAACUAGGGUUGCACUCAGGAAAUAGAUCUGUUCUUGGUAAAAUCAGGGAAUUGGGAACUUAAGGAGCUCAGGCCUGCUAGUGUCAAAUAUAGGUGUGUAUUAAGGUGACUCUGAAAUACUGCUUUUUUAUUAAGGUGUUCUAAAAGUAAUUACAGUAUUUGCUUACGAUAUUUGCUUGGUCUGUAUUUGAAAUGUAUUUAUACCUAGCCCAUUUCCCAAAAACAGUUGAAGCACCCUAUACCAAAAUAAGACAAAUACAACAGCAGUAACUAUGAACAGAAAGGAAGAAACACAAGAUCAGUGAAAAUGAAAGGUGAACAUGUUGCUGUUACCAAGUGUGAAAUUUGACUUUUGAACUUCCUGGAAAUCAUGGCUAGGAGGGAAACAAGUUUCCCGUCGCUAGCUCUGUCUGUAAGAGUAUACCAGUUCCUCAGGGAAGACAUCUUCCUGAGGGAUUUUGGUAAAGAGGUUCACGCUUGGGAGUCCUGUGAAAUGCUAAAAUGAACAAAAUCCUCAAUGGUUUUAGCCGCUUGCAUAUUAAUGAUUGUGCCUUGAUCCUUGACUUGUUACCAGCUUUCAGAGGUGUUCAUUUAAGGAGUUUCGGUGUGGUUAAUAGAAGAUUUUGUUGGCAUGAGGAAGAAUUCUUCUCCUAAGCUAAAAAUAGGUACGUGUUAAAGCUUGAAAAUCCAUUUGAGACAAAUGCCUAGUGACAUAGACCUUUACCUAAUUCUGUCAUUUUAUAAUUCAUAUAAAGUUAAUGUGCUGCCCCUGGAUUAGCACAUUUAUUUUGUAUUAAAUGUGGUCUUUUUCACAGUGGAAUCUAGUCUGGAGAAAUGACUGGUUACAUUUCUGUUAGGCGGUGUCCGGAUUUGUCAAGGCUCCACAGACCAGGUUUGUCAUAUGAGCUUUAACCUCCAUGUCACAUAAGUGCUUCCUGUUGAGUUUAGCCACCCACCAAAAUGGGAGUUGCUUGGCUUUAUUCCCAAAGUCUUACUAAGUAACCUAUGGAGCCCCACUCUGAGCUGUUGGAUUUCCAAGAGACACAGCAAAAUGUGUGUGCGUGUGCGUGUGUGUGCACACUUGUGAUGUUAUUUUAACAGACUUUUAGUUUAUUUUAAAAGAGCUGUCAUGAAGUAUAUAGUAAAACAACAAAUAAAUUGCACUUGACCUUGAAUAAAGCAGGGGUUAGGGGCACCAACCCCUCCCCAGUGCAGCCAAAAAUCCAUGUGUAACUACUUUUCUAAUAGCCUACAGCUGAUCAGAAGCCUUACUGAUAACAUAAGCAGUC